CCAUCUUCACCAUCAAGACUCAUUCUCACAAUGGAUAACAAAGAAUUGGGCCCUGAUGUCCCUGAGGCAUCUCACAAUGAGAAGAAUGGCCUCGGCAAUGUACCGCCUGCUACUACAGGCCGUCGUGGCUCGACUGCCUUGAACAUCGUUGAGAAUCCACUCAAGCGCGUCACGCCUGAACAAGCAGCCCACGAUGCGCGUGUCUUUGCCGAAACGCACGGCUUGUCCGAACACGCAGAGCUCUUCUCCCGCGCCGCCCUCGUCGCCCGUGACCAAGAGCAGUUCAACAUGGUCAAGGAGCUCAAGGAAGAUGAGCGUCAGGCCCUCGAGUACGAGCGCGAUCAUAAAUGGCACGGCCCAAAGAUGCUCUGGUACUCUAUCUCUCUGUGUGCCAUUGGCGCUGCGACUCAGGGCUGGGAUCAGACUGGUUCCAACGGUGCCAACUUGUCGUUCCCUCAGGAAUUCGGGCUUGAUGAGGAGAAUAGUGUCCGUGAUCAGUGGAUUGUUGGACUGGUCAACUCGAUUAUUUUCUUGACUGCUGGUUUGAUUGGCGCUUUCAUCGUUGAUCCGCUGAACCACUACUUCGGUCGUCGGGGUGAAAUCUUCAUCACGGCAUGCUGUCUCACCGCAACCCCCAUUGCCUCCGGCUUUACCCACUCCUGGCAAGAGCUCUUCGCCGUGCGCUUCGUGAUGGGCAUCGGCAUCGGCGCCAAAAACGCCACCGUCCCCAUCUACUCCGCCGAGAUGGCGCCCGCCCGCGUCCGCGGCGCCCUCGUCAUGUUCUGGCAGCUCUGGGUCGUCGUCGGCAUCUUCCUCGGCUUCUGCGCCAACGUCAUCGUCAAGGACACCGGCAGGAUCUCCUGGCGCCUGCAGCUCGGCUCUGCCUUCAUCCCUUCGUUUCUUCUGGGCAUUGGUAUCUUUUUCUGCCCUGAGUCGCCGCGUUGGUUGAUGAAGCAUGGGAAGCAUGCCAAGGGGUUUAGAUCGAUGCAGAGGCUCAGAGCGCAUGAUAUCAUUGCUGCGAGGGACUUUUACUACUCAUGGAUUAUCUAUGAGGAGGAGUUGACUGUUGCGAGGGGUGCGGGCUAUUUCCAGCGUUUGUGGGAUUGCUUUGCUGUGCCUCGUAUUAGGCGCGCGAACUAUGGUGCUUCUACUGUCAUGAUUGCGCAGCAGAUGUGCGGUAUCAACAUCAUUUCGUUCUACAGCUCCACCAUCUUCCGAAAUGCUGGCUACACCGCUGUUCAGGCCUUGUAUGCUUCUCUUGGAUACGGUGCUAUUCAGGUCAUUGCUACCAUCCCAACAUUGUUCCUCAUCGACACCAAGGGACGACGAACUCUUUGUCUUAUCACUUUCCCCUUCAUGUGUGUCUUCCUGUUGGCAGCCGGUCUGUCUCUCCUCAAUCACAGCGGUAGCCGUGGCGCUCAGAUUGGACCUGUCGUUCUCUUCGUGUACCUCUUCACCAUCGCCUACUCCCUUGGAGAAGGUCCUGUUGCUUUCCAAUACUCUGCCGAAGUAUUCCCCACCAUCCAGCGUGAGCAGGGUAUGGCCUGGGCUGUCUGCAUCAACAACACCUUUGCUGGUGUCCUCGGUCUGACAUUCCCUCGAAUGACAAAUGCCAUGACUCCCACUGGAGCUUUCGGUUUCUAUGCCGGCCUCAACCUGAUCGCGUGGGGCAUGAUCUUCUGCUUCGUCCGCGAGACCAAGCAGCUCACCCUUGAAGAACUUGACCAGGUCUUUUCCGUCCCUACCAAGCAGUUCAUCUCUUACGAGACACGCGUUUGGCUUCCAUACUUCUUCAAGCGACAUAUCCUCCGCAAGAAGAAUGUUGUCAAGCCACCUCCUAUCAUUGAGCGUGCUGAACUGACCUUUAACUCUGAUUAAAUGUGUCUAUACGUGACGAUGCUAUAACGUUGGGAUUGGGUAGUUACAUGCUGGUGCCGAAAUGAUUUGUCAUGGUUGACAUUGGUCGGUUGGUGAGCAGGAUUCACGAUCAAUAUUUUAUGAGGUUCAUGGAGUAUAUAGUCAAUGCUAUACCCUCAGU